AUGGCCAGCCACGACCCCAGCCCCAGCCGAGCCGUAACGGCCCGAGCCUCGGCUUCGGCCUCAGCCUCGGGCUCCGAGUUGCACGACGUGCCCCUGGUGGCGCUCAACUUCUCGGUGCGCAGGCGCCUGGCGCUCUACCUGAACCCUCCCGCCCAGGUGGCGGCCUACUGGCCCUCGCUGGCGGAGGAGCUGGGCUUCCAGUACUUGGAGAUUGUCAACUUGCAGGCGGAGCGCGACCCCACCGGUCGCCUCCUGGAAGCCUGGCAGCGGCGCGAGCACGCCACUGUGGGCCGCUUACUUCAGCUGUUGGCCAAGCUCGAGCGCGUCGAUGUGCUCAACGACCUGCGACCCAGCAUCG